AUGGCAGUCGCCCCAGCCGAUGGGCCUGAUGCCAUCACCCCUGCUGCCGUCGUAGUCGGCCCGCCGCUACCGCCGCCUGCCUCCGCGGCGGCGGCGGCAGGUGGUGGGGAUGCGCCAAAGAAGAAACCCAGCAUGGACGAGAAGUACACAGACGGCCUCGAGAUCUCGUCCGUCGGGGACCGCGAGUCGACGACCUACGACGAGGCGGACAAGAUCAUCGUGCCCGACGACAGCGACGAGUUCAUCGAUCCCCGCCUCAAGGACUACCCCGUCAAGCUCGUCGCCAAGACCGUCUCGCUGCACAACGACUUUUCCGAGCCGAUCCUCACCUUCCGCUUCUGGGUCCUGUCGACGUUCUGGGUCGUGACGGGAUGCGCCAUCAGCUCCAUGUACUACUUCAAGCCCUAUUCGAGCACCCUGACGAGCUAUGCCAUCCAGCUGCUGUCCUGGGGCAUGGGCGAUGCCAUGCACCGCUGGCUCCCCGACUGGGGGCUGACGCUACGCGGCCAGCGGUACAGCAUCAACCCGGGGCCCUGGAACGCAAAGGAGCACGCCCUCGUUGUUGUUGCGUACUGGGGCAGCUGCUACACCGCCUACGGCCUGGGUCCAUUGUCUGCUCUUGAGACGUACUACGGCAAGAAGAUCAGUGCUGGCUGGGGGAUCGUCUUUCUCCUGAGCACCCAGAUGAUUGGCUAUGGCUUCGCCGGCGUCUUCCGCGAUAUCCUCGUGCGCCCGCCCAAGAUCUACUAUCCCGGCGUCCUGCCCAACGUCGCUCUUUUCAACGCCAGGCACAAAAACCCUUCCGUAACAAAAAAGUCGCUCAAGUUUUUUGCUUACGUCGCCGGCGCCACUUUUGUCUGGCAGUACUUCCCUGGUGUUAUUUUCCCCAUGCUGAGCUCCCUCCCGCUCCUCUGCUACAUGGGCCAUGGGAACUGGCAAAGCUACCCCAUGUACACCCCGCUGUGGUCCAACGCGUCGCAAAUCGCGGGUGCCGUCCUGGCCUGCUGGCUCAUCUACCCCGUCAUGUACUUUUCCAACUCGCUCGGCGCGCUCAACUACCCGCCCAUGUCGUCGGGCACCUUUGACAGCGACGGCAACAAGUACAACAUCAGCCGCAUCCUCACGAGCGACUACACGCUCAACCAGACGGCCCUGGACGCCUACAGCCGCCCGGCCUGGCCCGCCUCGUACGCCAUGUACUUCUUCUGGGGCUUCGCCUGCUCCGCCGGCGCCGUCGUCUACGCCGCGCUCUGGUACGGCCGCGACUCGUGGCGCGCCGUCGCCGACGCCUGGGCCGGCCGCCGCAACGACUACGACGACCCGUACCUCAAGCUCAUGAGCCGCACCCCGCGUGUGCCGCACUGGUGGUACCUCUCGCUCCUGGCCGUCUGCCUGGGCCUGUCGUUUGGCUGCAUCUACGGCGCCGACCUGGGCCUGCCGUGGUGGGGGUUCAUUCUUACUGUUGUCAUGUCUAACCUGAACCUCAUCUCGGACUACAAGUUCGGCUUCUACAUGAAGAUCCCGGAGAAGGAGAUGUUCUGGGGGCGGGUAUACGGCACGCUCCUUGGCCCCUUUGUCAACUACGCCGUCAUGAGGCUCGUCAUCGACCAGAUCGGCGUCGACCUUCUCACCGGCGUCGUCAAGUCCGAAGGGUGGCUGGCACUAAAGACCAAGAACUACUACAGCCUAUCCGUCCUCUGGGGUAUCCUGGGCCCCAAGGUCUUCUUCUCCUCGGAGUCUCCAUACGCCUGGAUCUACUGGGCGUUCCUCCUCGGGCCCGCUCUCGUCGUCUUGGUGUAUAUCGUGCACAUCUUCAAGCCCGAGUGGAAGCUCGAGAAGCGCUGCAACCCCGUCGUCAUCAUGUACGGCGGGACCAUCUUCCCCGUCUACCAGACAACCAACCUCAUGACCUCGGCGCUCCUGAGCUUCUUCUUCAUGGGCUACAUGCUCAGGUACCGCCCAGUCUGGUUCCGCAAGUACAACUACCUGCUCGGCGUCGGCCUGGACUGCGGCACGCAGAUCUGCCAGACCGUCAUCAUGCUGGGCAUCAACCUGCCUCACGCCCAGUUCCCCAACUGGUGGGGCAAUGAUGCCGACCAGGUCGACCGGUGCUUCCCGCCGUCGACCCUUCCCCCGAAUGCUCUGAAUUAGAGGCAAGGAAGGGCUGGGUGGUGGGCUUGGAGACGGUGUGGCUCGGAUUUCAGACGCAUGCAAUCCCAUCAUCUUGACCACGGCGAUAUGCCAAGUUUUGAAUGCAAUAACUCCUUGGCUUUACUUUGGGGGCCACUUUGCUCCUGGCCGCUCUUUUCCGUGAACGU